UUCUACGUCAAAUAAAAAAGGCUAUUUAGGAUUUGCUUUGUUCAUUAGGUGCAGCUAAUGGAACCUUAGCGUGUGAGUGAGCGCGCUAAGAGUUAUGGAACGACGAGCUCGCCUUCGCAGAACGGACCCAGGAGCAACAAUACCAACAAGAACUACCACAACGCGCAGUGUGCGUCGAGUUUGUGUUAAUAUUGAAGCUAAUGGUUCCAAAUCUCGAACUGCCUCGUUGCAAAGCACUUCGACGAAGCGCCGUCUAGUGCCCGUGCGACGAAAACGGGCAGCUGUAAUCCAACCAACGAAAUACUGUUCUUGCACCUCCUAUGAUUAUCCCAACUAUUAUAAUCCUCCGACGCCUUCGACCUCAUGCGGCAGUUUCCAAAAUGUUGACCAAGGCUACAUUUAUUCAGCAAUUCAACAUGCCUUACACAGCAUGUACACAAAAAAUGCGCUUUUGCGUCUUAGCUCUGGUCAGGACCUUUCGUUGGCCAAUAGGGGAAAAGGAUUAAUGAUUACGCCUAGUUCAUCGACGACAACGCUUCGCGAAAGUAAACAUACUGCGCCAAUACGGAGCGCACAAAGACCUAAGAUAUCCGUCUUUCCCAUCCACGGUGACGAUGUAUCCAAUGAGACCUUGAAUGAGAUAAGAGCUGUCGUUGACACAUUGGAGCACAACUUUUUAAAGCAUAAGCCUCACAUAUAUAUGCAUCAAGUGUCCCACCGAUCCACACCUUCGCAUAAACAUCAUGAAAGUUCCCGCAGACGGUCUCAUUCACCGUCUCCCACGCGUAGGAAGUCGGGCUCCUCACAUGCGCACCCGACUAAUGGGUCGACGGAUGCAAAUUUCAACGCGCUAGAAGGCUUGAUGCGCGAAACUAUUAAAAAACUGAACAAUUAUAUGGAAUUACAAUCGGCCAUUCACACCCCACAACACCAUCAGAAGCUGCGAUUUGAAGAUGUUGAGCAAAAAGCUAUAGAUACACAGCGCCACUCGUUGAUUAACCAGGGUCGCGUUAAUCAGAAACAGAAAAGACUGAGUGACAAACAGGUUAUGGAUCGAAAGAAUGAAAUGAUUGAUAGAGAUAGACAAGAACUACAGGAAAGACUAUCACACUUGGACAGAUUGCUAAGCCAAGAGAGGAUGAUGAUGCCAAAAGACAGGAUGUUCGUGAAUGUGAAGAGCUUAAUAAGUCAGAAGAGAUCAAUAAGUCAGGAAAGAUUACCAAGCCUGGAAAGAUUGCCAAGCCAGGAAAGAUUACAAAGCCAGAAGAGGCUACCAAUCCAGGAAAGACUAUCAAGCCAAGAAAGACUAUCAAGUCAGGAAAGACUAUCAAGCCAGGGAAGACUAUCAAGCCACGAAAGACUAUCAAGCGGGGAAAGACUUCCAUGCCAGAGGAGAUCAGCAAGUCAGGAAAGACUACCACGCCAAAGGAGAUCAGUAAGCCAAGAAAGACUGAGACAAAGUGUACUGCUAAGUCAGGGAACCUCGAUAAACCAAGAUAAAUAUCUUAGCCAGAGUGUCCUUAUAAGAGAGCAACACUUCAAUAACGAUCAACCAAACCACCAAAAACAACUAAGCAAGGAACAAUUGGCCGACCUGGAAGAACACGAAGCGAAUGAAGAACUACAGCAGCAGCAACAGCAACAGCAAAUUCCUCAAAACCAAUAUCAGGGUGUACAGACAUUUCCAGAGCACCAUUACAGGCUACCGCAGCCGAUACGUUUCUUGCGAAGACUUACACACUUUGGAAGAAAAUCACGAUCCCACAACGCGCCACAGGUCCAUGUAAUGCCAGUGCAGCCGGUAAUUAUACAGACACAACCAGCUCAGAAUGUCAUCAAAGCGGACAUUUCAACCAACACACGACGCUCCAACAUAUCACGGCCACCGACGCGACUUUUUGAAAGACGCAGAAACACCAAAUCUAGGGAAGAGACAGAGGCACCAGUCGUCAUACAAAUUCCUAGCCCUACCGCCAGUGGUAGUGCAGUAGCUAGUGUAGAAGCGGCGUCAACCAUAAGCUCAGCUGCACAGACACAAACUACUCGGGAUUGUGGUACCACAAUGUGGAGCCCCAUGGCACGCAGUACGGUAAGUAUUUGCCAUGAUUCGGAUGACUCUGACAAGCGGAUCAAUAGGGAAAUGGAACCAAGCCGUCAGCGCUACGAAGGUGGUAUGCUGGAUAAAGAGCUUAGCAUUGAGUUUGUUGAAGAAACAGAAUCGGAAGAGGUGGAGUAUGAUGAAGAACAUUUCGAAGAAUCAGAAGACAGCUGCAUUGAUGAGUGGUACAAAAAAGCCAAAUCAAGUUUAGCUGAAUUGGAAAAGCUGCAAUCGAAACAGGAAUACUAUAAUGGAAGCUUGAAACCAGGCUUCGCCGAUAAGCUUAGAGAGCCCAGCCCCUGUAAUGUUGUACAAGAAGGAGCUAUAGCAAGAAACAGGUCUCCAACUAGGAACAAAAGCCCCAGCAGGCAGAGUAGCCCAAUUAAAAAUAUCAGUCCACUUCGACAAAUAAGUCCUUCUAGACAUAAUAGCCCUCCUAGACUUAACAGUCCACCUAGACAUACAAGUCCAGCUAGAGAUAGUAGUCCAGAUAGACAUAAUAGCUCUGUCAAACAUAAAAGUUCAUCCCGUCAUCAUGCCAGAAAGAAGACCACAGUUGUGGAACCGAUUAGUGAUCAUCAACUAUAUACUAGCAGUGAUUUAAGUGACUUCGAAUAUGACAAGGCCUGCAACCGCAUUAUAGCAACGACAGAUAAAUCCGUUUGCACCAGCGAUACGCCCAGUCCGCGGCACAAAAGGUCUUUGGUGUGCAUUGUGCGCGACUGCCACUGUUCCGCUUUGAAAACAUCUCGAUCACACAGCAAAUCUGGGAAGGUAAAGUUCGAAAAUGCCUGCACAACAAGAUUGAUGUGCAAUGCAGAUAGCCCCAUAGCCAUCAAUCCCCAUCGGUCCCAAUCGAGCUCUUCGGCAACGUCAGUCCCACCUCUACCGAGACCCAAGUUUCGUGUACUUAAAAGCCUCAGUGAGGCAUUAAGCAAUAGUCUUGCCAAAAAACCAAUUGAGCAGCCACAACCCAAAGUCAACGAUCUUAAAUUUAGGGAGCUGCUGGCCGAUGUAAAAAAUAAUCGUGAAAAAUUGAUGAAGCCCAAGAAUCUGCCACGAGUUCGCAGGACACCGGCCAGACUGUUUGAUAGUCGUCCAUUAAAAAAAACCGAGUCUAAAGUGCGGAAAUCAGGGGGUAACGAACGCCCAUCGGCGCCAUAUCCAACCUGCUGGGGCUAAGGUCGCUGCGAUCACAG